AUGAAAACAAUAAAAGAACUCAAAAAUAAAAUUUUAUUUGAUAAAUCAAACAAUAUAAAUAAAUCUUGUACUAGUGACAGUAAAAGUAGCUACGGGAGCGGAAAAAUAAACAACUAUGAUAUCAAUAAUAUAAACUCAUUAAAUAAUAAUAUAGAUAGUUCAUCCUCUUCAUCCUCUUCAUCAUCUUCAUCAUCAUCCAGCAAUUCAUCAAAUUUUGUAAAUAAUAUAAAUAAUUUAAUUUUAUCAAAUUGCUACACAUAUACGAGCACAUUAGAAAACAUUAACUGGAACUCUGUAAUAAAUAUUGAAACUUUAGAUACUGGUAACUCAAAUAUAUUUUUAUUGGUUUCAUUUUUAGAUGAAGUUCAAAGUCAAAUCAAUCAAAUAUUAAUAAAAUCAUCCCCAUGUAUGUUUCAAGAAAUUUAUACUUCAGUUGUUGAAGAUAUGUUAAAGUAUCCAAUACCAGAAAUGAAGUUAAUACAAUUUUCCAGUAAUGAAUUUACUGAAAUGUCAAAUUCAUUAUUAAGCUUUUCUCAAAACGAUGAAGAAUUAUAUCAAUUCAUUCAACAAGAAUUAGAUAAAUCUUUUAUAUUGGCCUUAGAAUAUAAACCAAAUGGAAAAAGAUUUAACGAAUUAAACCACAAAGAAUAUUUCUCCGGAAGCAAAGGUGAAAAGAAAUUAAAACAACUUGGUAAAGUCAUUGCUUUUGAAAUAUUUUGUAACAAUUUUUGCCGCUCAGCAACCCCAUGGGAUGAAAAUACUUUUUUUUCAAAUUUAAUAUUCUACAGUUCCCCAAAUAAAAAUGGAUGGUAUUUCUCAAUGAUUCAUCCAAAUAUUAACUACCUUAGUAACAGUUUAUUUACCAUUGGCUACAGAGAUCAAAUCAACAAAUUAAAGUUACUUUUGUUCUCUAUUUUCCAAAACCCAAAUUCCGAAACUGAACAAAUCAAACAAAUGAAAGAUCACUUUAUCAACAAAUUAAGAAUCAAGCUACCAAGUUCCUUCUAUAUAUCAAUUCAAAAAGGUAUUGCAGCUGGAAUAAAGAAAAUUGUCAGCCAAAUUACCGAUCAAAAGUUAAAAUCAACAAAAGAAAAAAUUAAAAUUAUUGUUAAAGUCGAUAGUUCAAAUAACUCUUGGAAAAAAGGUUUCGAUUCAUUAUAUAACCCCUUUAUACUAGAGAUUCUAAAUGAAUUUGUUUACGAAUUUACAAAUUAUAUUGAAAAAAAAUAUUAA